AUGUGUCCCGGUGCCGACCCCGAGCCCAAUGGUGCUCCUGCCACCGUCGCUGCCAAUGGCGACCACUCUGGUUUCGUUGGCAUUGAAACUCGCCAGAACCCCCACCCCUCCGCAUCCCGCAACCCCUACGGCCACGACGCUGGCGUCACCGAUUUCCUUAGCAAUGUCUCACGCUUCCAGAUUAUUGAGUCUACUUUGCGUGAGGAAGAGCAGUUCGCCAACGCUUUCUUCGAUACCGCCAAGAAGAUCGAGAUUGCCAAGGCUCUCGAUGACUUCGGUGUGGACUACAUCGAGCUCACCAGUCCCUGUGCUUCUGAGCAAUUCUCACUCACAUUCGCUGCCAUAUGUGAUGAUGCCCGUAUUGCUGUCGAGACCGGUGUUGAUGGAGUUGAUGUUGUUAUCGGUACUUCUUCUUACCUCCGUGAGCACUCUCACGGCAAGGACAUGACCUACAUCAAGAACGCCGCCAUUGAAGUUAUCGAGUUCGUCAAGUCUAAGGGCAUUGAGAUCCGUUUCUCCAGUGAGGACUCUUUCCGUUCCGACCUGGUCGACCUUCUGUCAAUCUACUCCGCUGUGGACAAGGUCUACGAGCUCGUCCGUGUCCUGCGCGGUGUUGUUGGCUGUGACAUUGAGACUCACUUCCACAACGACACUGGCUGUGCCAUUGCCAAUGCCUUCUGUGCCCUCGAGGCCGGUGCCACUCACAUCGAUACUUCCGUUCUCGGUAUCGGUGAGCGUAACGGUAUCACCCCUCUCGGUGGUCUGAUGGCCCGCAUGAUGGUCGCCGACCGCGACUACGUCAAGAGCAAGUACAAGCUCGAGAAGCUCAAGGAGAUUGAGGACCUCGUCGCCGAGGCCGUUGAGGUCAACAUUCCUUUCAACAACUACAUCACCGGAUUCUGCGCCUUCACCCACAAGGCUGGUAUCCACGCCAAGGCUAUCCUCAACAACCCCAGCACUUACGAGAUUAUCAACCCCGCCGACUUCGGCAUGUCCCGUUACGUCCACUUCGCCUCCCGUUUGACCGGCUGGAACGCCAUCAAGUCGCGUGCCCAGCAGCUCAAUCUUGAGAUGACUGACGCUCAAUACAAGGAGUGCACUGCCAAGAUCAAGGCCAUGGCUGAUAUUCGUCCCAUUGCCGUCGAUGAUGCUGACAGCAUCAUCCGUGCCUACCACCGUAACCUGAAGUCCGGCGAGAACAAGCCCCUUCUUGACCUGACUGCUGAGGAGCAGGCCGCAUUUGCCGCCAAGGAGAAGGAGCUCCUUGAGGCCCAGGCUGCCGGUCUUCCUGUAUAG